AUGAUUGGUUCCAUACCCUGCCUCGACAGUCUAUCCAAAGUUUCCAUGAGCUUUUCGCACCUCAAAAUUGAGCCUUGGUUCAAGCUGCCAAGACCAUCCAAAGGAGACAUCUCCAAGUUGGAUCACACCAAGUACUGCGCGUUUCACAGAGGUCCUAUUCACAUGACUGACACUUGUUAUACCUGGAGGGACUACCUAGAGAAGCUGAUGAAAGAGGGUAAAUGCGACAGAUACCUGGACAAGCCAGCUGCGCAGCCUAGGAAGAAUACGGACACAGACGAGGAGCCAUCUGCCAAGACUAUCAGAAUUAACAGCAUCUUCACCGAGUCCGAAUACUUGGGGGCUAUAAACAACUCUAAGAAGAGGCAGAUCCAGCAAGCCGAUGUUAAACUUGGACCCAUCGUUGGUUUCACCGAGCAGGAUGCUGAGGGAGUUGACUUCCCACACGAUAAUGCACUGGUAGUGUCCUUUCAAUUGGCACACAUUAUAGUUGAUAGAGUGAUGGUGGACAACAGCAACAUAGUAAAUCUAUUUUAG